AAACAUCUUUCACUCUCAUCUUUCGGACGAAAACUCUUCAGUUGCCCUUUGUUCGAUUCUUGCCAGUUUCAAGCUCGUGUCCCUGCAUGUUCUUUUGUGGGCUUUCUGUUUUUGUCUGAUUGUGAAGAUUUUAGUGUUUGCAUGAAAUGGGUUCUUGAUUGUGACUCUUUGGGCGAUGAUCUAUGUCCAUUCGAGUUCAAACUUUGGGAAGCAAAAUAUUGUCUCCCUUUAGAUUUAGUGUCUGAUUUGUGAAUUCAGAGGAUUUUGUGGUGAGGAUGAUGAUGAAGAAGACAUCGAGCAGGAACCAAAGGGCAAACAAGGGCAUUAAGUGGAAGCUUGUCCUGCAGAUAUGCGUUCUGGCCGGAGUUUGUGUCUGGUUGAUCUAUCAAGUUAAGUAUUCGCACGACAAGAAGAGGGAAUUCUACGAGAAGGACGAGGGAGCAUCGACGGAAAACGGGGUUGUGAAGCUCGGAAGGAAAGACAUUCCCCAUUUACGGGAUGUGAACGGGAACGAACAGGUUGUGGAGGACGAGGAUGAAGACAUUACGGGCGAAGAAGAAAUCAGCCAUGGAGGAGAGAAGGAGAUGAAGAGUGAAGUGGUGAAUGACCAUCCCGAUGAUGAAGAAGAAGGAGAAGAAGAAGAAAUAGUUGAGGAGGAAGAAGAAAAGAAUAAGCAAGGAGAGGAAAACGACAAUGAAGAGGAGGAGAACAAACAAAUGGGUGAUGAUGAUGAUGAUGCAGAAGAUGACAUUGAUGAACAUGAUGAGGGAAAACCCAGGGAAACUGAUCGAGAGGACGAGAUUCUGGAAGAAGAGAAAGAGAGGGAAGGGGAAAACAGUGAGGAAGGGAGUGAAUCGAACAGGAGAGAUGAGGAAGAAGGGAGGAAAGAUGGGGAUGGUAAUAUUUCAGAUGAAACUGAUACGACGGUCCACGGGGCACGGGAGGAGCAUUAUAAGGCCGAUGAUGCUUCAAGUGCAGUGUCCCACGAAUCCCACACCGAGAAAGGAAGUUCCGGGAAUUCUGAUACAAACGUUGUGAGAGAUGCCAUCGAGCUAAACCGUGACUCCAACAACACUGAAAUGAUCGGUUUGGCAGAAGGUAAAGGUGAAUCGUUCGGGUCUGACACGAGAAGGGAAGCAGAUAAUAGCAACUCAACGGUAACAAGUCUAGAAGGUUCAGGGUUAGUACAGAACAGAACUGAGAGCACGGUGGAUCCGAGACAGGAACAUAACAAAACAGAAUCUGUAGGAACACCCGAGGAAGCAUCCAAGCUGCCACGAGAUCCUGAGAAAAAUGAAUUUGAUCCGGCCAUCUCUGUCUCAUCAAACACCACGAAGGAAGAUUCCAUCGAAGCUCGAUCCUUGAACACAGCCUCGGAUUCUGUUGUACUGGAGAAGAUCAAACUCACAAACACAACCGAGGCGAAAGAGAAUUCAGGGUCUCCGGGCGAUGAUGAUGAAUCGGGUAACAAGAAAAGUUCCGACCUUUCUUCCGCAAAAGAAACAGGCGAGAAGGUUGAUUCUUCGGGCAAUACGAUUUCUCGGGAAGAGAAGGAAGCUCUCUCCAACCCGCAGACUUUGCCUGAAAUAAGAACAGAAGGGACCGAACACAAUGCUGUUGCGGCGGAGUGAGAUGGAAAACAACACGGUGAAUUCUCUCGGUGUCGGAGUGACUGUUUCUAUGGUUUGUUUUUUUCUGUUCAGCUUUGUCACAGCUUUUGUCUCAGUAGCUAAGACUUUGUAGCUUAGUGUUCCAAACUGUAUAUCUUCUUCUUCUUCUUCUU